AUAUUUGGGUCAAUAUAAAAUAAGACCUAGUGUUUACUUUUAAUGUGUGCCAGGCAUCCUUCUAAGUGUUCCCAUGUGUGUAUUAGUGCUCCUCAGCAAACUGUGAGGUAAGUAUUAAUAACCUCCUCUUCCAGAUGAGGCAUAGAGGUAACACAAUGUCUUAUAUUAAAAUUAGGACCAGCCAAGACCAAAACACAAAACAGUUUGAACCCAGAGCUAGUGGUCCUUAACGCUGCCUUGUGCAGUGUGAACCAUGCAGUCUCGGCGAGGUUUCUCUGUUUACAGCGUACCUUCAGGGUCUUGUGAUUACAUACCACUUCAACAUGUUUUCCAAGGUCAAAAAUACUCACUAAAAGCAUCUAAAACAUGACGUUUUCUCACUUGAUAUUGACAAUCUAAUGCAUUCUGGUCUUGGUCUCAUACGACUUCCCUGUGCAGCAGAAAUAACCCUUUUCUGGGUUAUCCAAAUCUCCUUUGCUUCUGCCAGGUGCUCCAAUUACAGAGUUUCUGGCCCUGGUAUCAGUUUAGCAUAUAUAGUGGGGUUUGGGCGUGGCACACAACACAAUAGGUCCCCGGUUGAGGUGAAGGCCGGCAGGUUAUUGAUGUCCCAAAUUUGCUGUUCUGUGGGUUUAGGAAUGAGUUAAUUUUGUCGAAUUGCACAAAGCAAGGAACAUAACGUCAUUCAAGAAAUAUGCCUUGAGCAUUCCUCCAUGUUUACAAUAAAAAGGUCAGCACAUCAAUAGGGGAUCAGGUUGGUUAGAGGGUGGCAGGGUAUUCAGGGAAUGAAAAAGCUUAAAGGACUAGUCUAAAAGCUCCAUGUCCACAAACCAAAGCGGUUCCUUUAAGAGGGGUGGAGCUGCCGCUUCCGGGAGCAGAAAGAGUGGCCAGCCUCUAGCCUCUGAAGUGUACACCACUCAGGGACGCUAAAGCCUGGAUGUUUUCUGGGUUGGGCUACGCAUGCGCUGCGAGUGAGCAUCCCAGAGUGCUGCGCGUGCGUACUACCGGCCCCGCCUUCAGGAGUAAGACAUGGUGUUGUCGGAGCUAGCAGCCCGCCUCAACUGCGCGGAAUACAAAAACUGGGUGAAAGCAGGACACUGCUUGCUGCUGCUACGCACCUCCCUACAGGGGUUCGUAAAUCGUGAAGUGCUCUCCUUCCAUCGUGAACUGCUGGCUGCAGUCCCUGGCCUUGGUCCCCUCGCCACCUGCCGCGGCGGUUCCCGGUGCAGCCCGCGCGCUCGCCAGUUUCAGCCUCAGUGUCAGGUAUGCACAGCAUGGAAACGCGAGAUCUUGAGGCAUCACCUCAACAGAAAUGGAGACGUGCACUGGGGAAAUUGCAGGCCUGGCCUCUGGCCCGUGGACCCUUGGGAGGUAGCCAAGGCCUUCAUGCCCCGAGGACUGUCAGACAAACGAGGACCUGAGGAAUGUGAUGCCGUUGCUCUUUUAAGUCUCCUUAACUCCUGUGAUCACUUUAUGGUUGACCGGAAGAAGGUCACAGAGGUGAUUAAGUGUCGAAAUGAGAUAAUGCACUCUUCAGAAAUGAAAGUUUCAUCUACUUGGCUUCGAGAUUUUCAGAUAAAGAUUCAAAACUUUCUGAACGAAUUCAAGAAUAUCCCAGAGAUUGUAGCAGUAUAUUCCAGAAUAGAACAGCUGUUGACAUCUGACUGGGCUGUUCACAUCCCUGAGGAAGAUGAACGGGAUGGGUGUGAAUUGGAAACAGGAAGUUACUUGAGUGCAAGUCAAAUCCAUGAAAUCGAAAUCGAAUUGCUGAAGGAAAAACUGCAAGAGAUGUAUCUUCUAGCAGCAGAAGAAAAGAUGUUGCCGGAAGAGAUCUCAAAUCAACUGGAUGUGGUGAAAGGGUUUUUGAGAAGCAACACAGAUCUUAGAAGUGGCCUUACCGAAGACUUGCAGAAGCUUGACAGCCUCCAUCUACAGCAUCAAAAACAAACUUCAAAGGAUGCGGGGAGACAGACACCUGAAAGGAAGGCUUGAGGUCUCUGGCAUUAGACUGCUUCAUUUCACCUCUGGACAUCUGCUGUGUUCCCCGAACUACCUAGAAGAAAUGCUCCAUGCCAAGGCUCAGCAAAGAUGGAUUUGCUCCGUCACCUGGCCAGCUGCCUGCCCAACAGGGACCCUGCAGUGAGAGGGUAGCAAGAGAGACUGGAUUUGGCAUGUAUUUUGACUUUAUAACCCAAAUCAGUGCAAAUGUGCUUGCAGCUUGCUUAUUUAAUCUUCCAGGUUGCUGCUUAGUUUUCAGCCUUAUGAUUUCUUUCUCCCUUCAUUUGUGUCUCAAGUUCCUUGAGAAGACUUGAAGUGUAAAGCAAGAUUUUGCAUUUAUUUUGCAACUUUGUCAAAGGAAAAAUCAGUUCCCUUCUAGAUCUGAAGUACAAAACAGAGAAUCUUGAUGCACUAACCCACAAAGACCUGGUUUCUAACUGUAGGAAGUUUGAGAUCCAAACCUUUCAUUUUACUUCUGUCUAAUUAAGUUUGUCCUGAUCAAUUCAGCACACACCAAGUGUCAACCCUGUGCUAGACACUGAAGUAGAUAGAAACAAGUGGUGAAUUCGAGUCUUAUACCACCUUUGUCUGCCACUCUGACCGUUCAAAGUUAUUGUUCAGAGAACUAUACUAAUAACAUUUCAUUGAAUUGAAACAGAAAAAGGAAGACCCUUGUUUAAAGGGCUCUAAAGCAGAUGUGCUGAAUACAGAGGUAUCAGCUUGUUAGCAUCUCUUCCCUGUGCAUCUGGGCACAGGGUGCGUCAGAAUGGAUGUUCCCAAGUAGAGGACCUCCUAAAUAAGGUGUAGAACAUCUGUGCUAUGCCACAUAACUGUUGUAAAGAGUGAUCCCCUACUGUAGUGCAGUAAUGUCAGUUACCUGAAAGGCAUCGAAAGGAAAGGUUUGAGAGGGUGGAGUGGUACUCAGUGGGGGGCACUUGCUUAGCAUGUGCAGUGCCUUGAGUAGAUCGCUGUUCCUCUGCCACAAGCAAAGUGUUUUAAUAAUGCCUAGCACGCUGCAGUGCUGUUGGUGUUCUGUAAUAACUGAGGUCUGGAAAGGUAGUGUUUGCUUUCCAAGUCUUCCUUCUAUAUUAUGUCUCCAAGAGGAAUUGGGGCUGUGGGGAGUAGUCGGGAAUUUAGCUUUUCUGUUUUGGGUGUUCUUUUUUAUGAUGAACAUGCAUCCAUGUAUUUUGGAAAUUACAGUUUUUAAUUUCAAAACAGGACACAUGAGUAAUAUAUAUCAAAUAGUAAGCUGUCCGUGUUAGAUUACAUGGAUUUUGCUGUGGCCUUCAUUUUGUAGCUCCACCCCCAGGGCCACUUUUGAAUCCUAGCACCAAGGGAGGAAAGCCAGGAAGGGCAUGCCCUGGCUGUCGUCAUCUCCCUGGGGAGUGCCUGGUCUCCAUCCAGAAGAUGGAGAUGGAGAUGGAGAUGGCUUUACAUACAGCCCCUUCCCUGGAACACUGGUGCUUGAUAGUUUAAAAGAAUUUGUGGAGAAAAAUGGCUAAAUCUUAGUUGCAAAGAUAAGGAAAUUAUCAGAGAUUGCCUCCUUUCCCUUUGCUAGGUUAAUUAGAAACUUACCUACUCUGAAAAGCAUUCACUCAACAGUGGCCUUUAUUAAAAUAUAUUCAAAUUAUAAAAUACACUUUGUGAGGCCUAAAUAUUAAUUUCAACUCAUGUGAUACUCAGGGGAGUGAAAACCUUUGAUGUUUUAAUAAAAAUCUUCUGAUAGUUCACUUGGUGACUUUAA